AUGAACUCCAACUUCAUCCUCCGCCGCGCGCUAGUCGCGGCUCAUCCCAACGCGGGACGCGGGAUCUUUGCUUUGACGAAUGCCUCACGGUCGUACGCGACGCCCUCAAAGCAAGAGCCUGAUCCCCAGCUCAAUGGGUAUCCUCAACUUCCAUGGGUCCACCGAGGCCACCUACCACCGCUGGGCUGGAAUGACCCUUUGACGAGGAGAAACUUUGGAGAGACGCUACAUGAACAAGAGGAGGUCCUUUCGAUGUGGGGACCUGAUGCUCCUCCGAUUGAUCCCAACGUCGCCCUGCGCCGUUUCCUAAUUGCGGUUUCUGCCUUCGUGGCCGUCGGUUUCACCAUCAAAUCCUUGACUCCGGAAGCGCCUGUUGUUCGCCGUGAAUAUCCGUUCAACGGCCUUGUCCGAGAACUUGGGGGACUAGAGGAGAACAAGGCGAGACCGGAGAGCAUCGAUAUCGAAGAGUAA